GUGGUGCAUUAGGUAAUAAUUAUUAUUGAUAAUGAUAGUUUUCUUUCCACUCUCACCACUACUACGACUUUGUCCCCACAGAGCGAGCCAGAGCCUCGCGAGGCAGAUGCUGAGAAAAACGCGUAAACCCAUCAUUGUCCUGGCCGCUUUCAUAGCGGUUUGCACCGCUGCAAAAUUAGAUCGUUCAUAUCUUCCACCAGCAAACGCUGACACCGCUGGUGGCACAUCAGACAUACUCCAAGUACCAGUUUCUAGAACAAAUAACCAAGUUUCCGGAGAUCUUCCUAUUGGCAGUUAUCUGAACGAUCACCAAGGCGUCAUAGUCGAUGCCGCUGUUGGUACCAGAGCUUCGAAUCCUGGCAAAUCUGGUCUAGGAGCACCCAGAAUUACCUACGGAUCAAAAGACUCCAGAGUAGGAGACGCCGCUUUCAGGGACAAACACCUUCAAGGUGGUCCCAGCUUCCUUCCACAAGGUUUCGUUGAUUUCUCUAAACCAGAGCGUGCCCAAGCGAGCAGUGACAGUUUAGCAAGGACAGUGAAAGAAGAAAGCGAUUUGGGAGUUGACAUGUUUAACUAUGGAUACGAAACGAGUAACGGUAUAAGUGCCAGUGAAACUGGGGUGGCUACGAAUGGGGUUGAAGCCACGGGUCAAUACUCGUUUACGGGUGACGAUGGUCAAGUGUACACUGUUAUGUAUACUGCGGAUAAGGGUGGAUAUCAAGCUGUAGGAGCACAUUUGCCUACACCUCCUCCUGUGCCAGAGGCGAUUAUGAAGGCGUUGGAGCAAAAUGCAAAGGACGAAGCAGCUGGAAUUAUUGAUGAUGGCUCGUACGACGCUAAGAAGUACAAUACAGGCGGGGAUUACACUGCGAUCGGUGAUAAUGAUAGUCAAUCAAAUAAAUUUGCGAACCGACCUGGAUCCAGUGCUCAAAUAAGCGGCGGAUUCAUUAAUCAGAACAAUGAAGCUUUAAAACCAAACGAUAAUGGGCAAUUUGGGUUCAUCAGCGGUAAUAAGGAUACGCGACAACCGAUUGGCAAUGUUCAAAUUUCGCAAAAUAUUCCACAAGGGUUUACUGGAUCUCAACAGCAGAAUCAACCACUAUCGUCUAGCAAUUCAGGAGAUUUUAACAAUGUAAUACCAACUCAAAGCUUCAGUCAGAGUUCAUUCAGUGUCGGAAAUCAACAACCAAGUGCAUUCCAGCAGAACAUACCUUCUCACAGUUAUUUCCAGCAGAACACACCUCAAGGUACUUUCGCACAGAACGCACCUCAAGCUGCUUUCCAGCAGAACACACCUCAAAGUUCUUUGCAGCAGAACGCACCUCAAGCUACUUUCCAGCAGAACACACCUCAAGGUCCUUUCCCACAGAACGUACCUCAAGCUACUUUCCAGCAUAACACACCUCAAGGUUCUUUCCAACAGAACAUACCUUCUCAUACCUAUUUCCAGCAAAAUAUACCUUCUCAUAGCUCUUUCCAGCAGAACACACAUCAAGGUUCUUUCCAGCAGAACAUACCUCAAGGCUCUUUCUCAAAUGAAUAUUUACCACCACAACAACAAUUUGUUCAACAAACCCUCGGUGAAGCUAAACCUUCAUACGAUACUGAGAACAGCCAGGAUUCAAAUAAACUAACAACAAAUAUUCCACUAUCACAACAAGAUUUGCAAAAUCAAGAUCAAGGUGUAAUUAUUUCAUCGUCAAGGCCAAGUUCAUACGAUACGUCAAUCAGUGAUAGUGUUUCAACCAGUUCAAAUGCACAGAAAGAAACUGUUGAACAAAAACCUCAAUCGAAUUUUAAUAAAGUUCAAAUUAAUCAAGGGGCAUUCAAUAGUUUCGGAAGUUCUCAAAGCUCAGAUAGUUCGUUGCCUACAACCGUAUCUCAAAUAUCAUCUUCACCUAAUGAUGGUUCUUUCCAACAACAGUUUACCAGUUCAUUCAAUCAGCAAACAAUUGUCCCCACAAACCAGCCUUCUAAAGAAUUGACAACACCAUUUGAAAUGAAUCCGACAACUAAUAUCGAUGAUGAGCGUGUAACUACUAACACAGUUCCAUCAACAGGUGAUUCUUUCCAAAUUCAAUCAAUUAGUCAAGUGACUUCUUCACAAGGAACCGGAGCGCUGAAUCAAAUUCCAGAGCAAGAAAAUGCACCUGCAAAUCAACCUUCAAACACAUACGAAGGAGAAAUAUACAAUUAUAAUAAACCAGAUUCACAACCAAAACCAACAGACGCGGCAUUAACAUCAAACAUAGUGACUUUAAAUUACAACAAGGGUCCAGAUGGCGCAUUUGUACAAAUAUCUGAACCGUUCCAGAAACCUAUUAUUGGAAAUCAGAAUAUCCAAAUAUCUUCUAUUCAAGCCCGUCCUACGGAUGCUUCAUUACCAGUGACAACCACUAACAAUCAAUAUGAACAGACAGAGACAGAAACUGCAUUCACAACUUCUGAAGAGCAAAACACUGCAGAAUCGGAGAAUCUAGAAAGUGAUAAACCUACAACAAAUUUGUUCGCACAAACACUUCCCACUGACGCUACAUUUGAACCAAGUACGCAAGGACAAAGUUUUAACCAAUACACACAAUCUCAAAAUUCUUUCAACACUCAAGUGCCUUCUUUCCAAAAUCCUUUUGCACAAGCAAACCAGCAGCCCGUGCAAAAUUCAUUCCAACAGACACGACCAACAUCUCCAGCGUUCCUGCAAACUCAAGCUAUAACUCAAAAUCAAUACACGCAACCUCAAGGACCUGAUGGUUCAUAUUAUUAUGACAGACCAGCCAAGCCAUUUAAUCAACCUCAAUUCCCGUCACAAUCGAAUCAAUUCAACAAAAUACCGCAACGUCCUGAAUUUUCCGGCCAACCUAUUAAUGCCUUUGCAAAACCAACAGUGCCGUCUAUGUUAGUGACGGGACAGAGCACUAAUACAUUCCAAAGUCCUAUUAACGGAUUAACUCAAGCCACUAUUUCAUCAUUUGGACAGAGCGCUCAAACUUCUUCCAUAAACAAUAAGCCUUCACCAACAUCUUUUCCUUUCAACCAAAAUACUCAAUUUGCUGGUGAACAAGGAAACCCCCACCAGGGCUCAAUUGCGGAAGCUUUUGCUUACACCCAACAGGUUGCGUCGCAACAAAACAAUAUUCCUCAGGGUUUUGGACAAACAACUAAUUCCGAAGCAGCAACGCCAGUAAACACAGACAGUGAAAUAUACCAAUACAACAAGCCAGAACAAUCUCUCCCCUCCACAUCUUCAUCUGAAAGUAAUGAAGAAGGAUCUGGAGAUCAAGCUGGAAAUACAUUCGCUGCCUUACCAACGCAAAACACAAAUCAACAGCCGUCAUCAUCUUUACCACAAAAUGGAGCUAUCUCAAAACCCGAAGGAAAUACUAUUGCAGGAAUUUCAGGUCAGAAGCAUUACACUUUACCGCUAGGCUCCUCAAUUUUAGGUAGCGCAUGUUGCGGUGGCCACGCUCAAUUUACUCAGAAUUACCAUAAAUUCAACUCACUUCAAACUAUUAAUAGACAACAACAGCCAAGUCAAAUUUUCACAGGUCCGGAGAAAUUUGAAAUAAACAGAAAACCGCCCAGUUUCGACUCCACAGGUUAUCAUUACUGAGUGCCAUUAAUUGAAUAGUUUAAUUUAAUAUUGUAUAGAUAUUUCGUGAUAUUAUGUAAUAAA